AUGAGGCGAGGUCGUUCCCCAAGCUCGCCAUCGCCUUAUAGGGCUUUGGCUCAUCAUCAGCAGGCCUCGGCUGCUGCGACAUCUUCAGACUCGAUUUCACUGAUUCGGUCUUUCAAUGUCGAAACAAAUCCAACACGGCCAGUGCGGCCUUCGCCGCUCACAGCAUCGCUUAUCCGAGACAUGCCGCUAGAUCUGGUUGACCGCAUCAGGUCCUUCCCUCUCUUUAUGUCAGCUCCGGAAGAGUUUCUUGUUGCUAUAGGAAAUCACCUGAAGCCUCAAAUCCAAAGCCCUAAUGACCAUAUCGUGACGGAAGGAGACGAAGCCAAGGCAAUGUAUUGGUUGGUUCGAGGAGUAGUUGCUGUCACUUCGCGUGAUGGCGAGGCGGUCUAUGCUGAGCUCAAUCCCGGAUCGUUCUUUGGAGAAAUCGGUGUUUUGAUGCAGAUGCCUCGAACAGCUACUAUUGUAGCGCGCACAAAGUGUCUGUUGCUAGUGCUGAAGAAAGAGGAUUUACAUGCCGUGAUACCCAAAUUCCCGGAAAUGGAAAAGGCGAUCCGAGAAGAGGCACAGGAACGCUUGAACCUUCUGAAAAAGAAGCGGCAAGAAAGUGGAAGAUUGGUCAAAUCUCCCCAGGGAGACUUCAGCGCUCGAGAAGCCGCCCCUGGAGAGGUCUCUACUGGAGAAAGGGGCGCUAUCAAGGACGGCGCGGUCGUCAACAACAAGAAAAGAAAGUCCCCAAGCCCUGGAAUCAUGGAGGACCCAGCUGCUGGUAGUGCGAUUGGAAGCGGUCAAAUCAAUAUUCGAACAACACUUAAGGAGUUACCGCUCUUCUCUACACUUCCUGCAGAUAUUCUGCAUUUUCUGGGAUUGAGUGUCCAGCCAAAAUCCUAUACCCCAUUUACAGAUAUCGUUCGCCAAGGCUUACCGGGAAACGAAAUAUUCUUCAUUGUUCGUGGCGAGGCAGAGGUUAUUCACGACGAGCCAGUUUACGAUGAUAACAUUCAGAAUAAGGCCAAGGCCAUCCCAAAGCGACCUCGAUUGAAGGCAGGCCAAUAUUUCGGCGAAGUUGCAAGUCUCGGACUGUCGCGAGGUCGAACAGCCACUGUAAGAUCUAUCACUUCUGUGGAGUGCAUCAUGAUUACAGGCGAUGUCCUAGACGAGUUCUGGAGACGCUGCCCUUCAGAUAUCCUGACACAGGUCAAAGAAACUGCACGAUUACGAUAUCAGAAACAGAGCGACGACGUUGUCAUGGUUGAUGUUGAUGUUAAGGAAAAAGCCAACAAAUCUGACCCGCCCACGCCCACAACACCAACACGAGCGUCCCUACCUGACCUCACCUUUACUACCCCGUCCAAGCCUGGGUCUCCCGCGAAAGAUGAUACAAGCAACAUAGCACCCAAGGACCCCGAUCCGUUCUUAAGUGUGAACAUGGAGAAUAUUCGAAACCGAAGACGGCAUUCGUUGGCACCUCCAAUGCCUCCAACAGAUAGCUCUACGCCAACGACCAACGGUGCGAGGUCUCGCCUCUCAGAAGUAACUCCUAUCAAGUUUGCGUUUUCUGAUGCUUCAGCUGACGACGAUGACGUCCCGGCAAAGCGAGUACGGACGACUCUGCCUACCCGACCAAUCACUAUGAGCAAACCAGUGCUCUCAGACGAGAUCCUGAUUUACAUCUUCAAGCACGUGGAUAUAGGAGAGCUGUUUCGACUACGCCUUGUUAGCACACACUGGCGUAAGCUCUUGACUACAUCCCCCAAAGUUUGCCAAGAUGUCGACCUCUCGAUUUACAACCGCAAGGUUACUGACGAAGUCCUGAUCAAGGUGCUUGCCCCCUUCAUUGGCACUCGCGCUCUGUCCAUUGACCUGAAUAAUUGCUUUCAUAUAACGGAUGAAGGAUUCGGGGCUCUAUGGCGCAGCUGCGGUAAGAAUGUUAAGAAGUGGAAGAUGAAAUCAGUUUGGGACGUUUCAGCGAACCAAAUUUUGGAAAUGAGCGAGAACGCAAAGGGAUUAGAAGAAGUUGACUGGAGCAACUGCCGCAAGGUCGGUGAUAACCUUCUAGGCCGCGUUGUUGGCUGGGUUGUACCUGAUCCUCCACCUUCGAAAUCGGUCGUUAUCUCAAGUUCUGCAGCUCGAUCGCGAAGCAAGCAGCAGCAACAAAAGCACGCGGCACAGCAUGUUCUGCCGCCGGGUACAGUGGUUGGGUGCCCGAAACUCAAACGCCUCAACCUCUCCUAUUGCAAGCAUAUCACAGAUCGUUCCAUGGCUCAUUUAGCAGCACAUGCUUCGAACCGUAUCGAGUCGCUGUCUCUCACACGUUGCACAUCGAUCACAGAUGCAGGGUUUCAAUCAUGGGCACCUUUCCGGUUUGAAAAGCUAUCAAGGCUGUGUCUAGCUGAUUGCACAUAUCUCUCGGACAACGCUGUCGUUGCUCUGGUCAACUCAGCCAAGAACCUUACACAUCUGGACUUAUCGUUCUGCUGUGCACUCUCUGACACGGCAACAGAGGUUGUCGCUCUCCGUCUGCCAAAGUUGCGGGAGCUGCGAUUGGCGUUCUGCGGAAGUGCGGUUAGCGAUGGAAGUUUGGAAAGCGUGGCGCUCCAUUUGAACGAUUUGGAAGCGCUCAGUGUUCGUGGCUGCGUGCGUGUCACUGGCCGAGGCGUCGAAAAUGUCCUCAACGGUUGCGGGCGACUGAACUGGAUGGAUGUCAGUCAAUGUCGUAACCUGGAGUCUUGGAUCCGGGCCGGUGGUGUUUCGAAUUGGGGGUUUGAUGACCGCGUAGGUCAACGUUCUACGGAGCUUACGUCAAGUGAAACCUCUGGACAGGGACAGUCAGAAGAUGAUAGUCCCGCGCCCAAGGCCAUGAGCGUUGCCAUGCUCACAUCGCAGAACUUUAUGCCACGAUCUGCGUUUGGGCACAGAGCCAAGAGAGCACGACGACCGGUGCGGUUCGUCAUCGAGAAAGGAUUUGGAAGUUUACGAUAA